GAGGAGAGAUCUGGAGCUUUGAUAGGAAAACCAAGUAAGAGGGGAGAAGCUGUGUCCAGAGAUGUGUGCCGCCCUCUGCCGACUGUGGAGAACGUUGCUGCGUCCCAUGAGAAGACAACUGGGCCAACCAUGUCGAACAAGGAGAUUUUCAAAGCAGAGACAGUCUUGACUAACUCUGCAGAGGGAGGAGCAGAAAAAAACACCACCCAGACAGAGACAACACUUCAACCCUCACUGGAUCACGUGAGCCUCUCUCCAACCAAAGUCUCUCCUUCAGUCGCUGCUCAAUCUGAAAAUACCCCCAACCACCGAGCUGCUGGGACCGCCUCCAUGGGAACAGCUGUUGAUAAACACAGGGGCAUUUCCCGACCGCAGUGUCACGAUACCUCUGGACUUGCUGAGGUUAGCUCUGGUUACCUUGUGAAUAGAGCGCAUGUGUCAGAAGACAGAAUGAGCCCGACACGCUCCGCCGACCUGUUCCCCACCCCGUCUUCCUCCAGAGAGUCCAUCCUCUCAGAGGGCUCGGACGGAGAGAAGAGCUGGUCGGCUGUGCAGCUUUCCAACGUGACCUCUCCUGUUUCUUUCAGCCGAAUCGCUUCUCCCUGCUCAUCUGUCUGCUCUGGAUUCUUCUCCCCCGCUGUUGUCCAGAUCAAGAGGCACUUUCUCGCUCCUGGCUCUAGUCUGAUUCAGACACCUUGUUUCUCAUCCCGUGAGAGCUUGCCCUCCUCUGUCUGUGCCCAAUCCCCUCCUCCUCCUCCCCGGCACCGGCCUCCUCUCACCCGACUCUCCCUCCUCACAGCCAUCCUAAGAAAAGGCCGCCUUCCUGUCCUGUCCUCUGCACUUCCGAGGCCUUACUCCCCCUGCUGGCCUGUUAACCCUGUGACCUUGUCCUUCUGUAACGCAUGCUCAGCAGCCUCCAGCGUGGCCUCCAUUCCCCUUGACUUUUCCUCUCAGUACUCCUCAUCAACAUCUAUAGAUAGUCAGCGCCACGAACACAGGGAGCUGAAUAGAUGCGUCACAUCUCCUCCACCUGUGCAUUCAAAUGAGCUCAGCAGAACUUUCCCUCAAACCCAAGUGACAAGACGCUCGGAGAAAAUUUGCUCAAGCAGUGCGCCUCGAUGGGAGAAGGUCGUGUCACCCCCAGCAGUGAAGAACACACUACUCCAAGCUCCACCCCUAUUUUGUUCAAACUUUAAAUUUGUUUCUCCACCUAAGCAUGAAGACAUUGACGAUGUAACUUCCAAAAAGCUGCAACAACCACACAAGUGCCCUGAGCAAACGCCCAUCAACACUAACAUGUACCUCAAGGGCCCUGUAGAUAAUAAGCUUAAAAAACUCAUUUCCCCAUCCACUAAAGCUAUGCACGAGCAAAAGAACCCUGCGCCCCAGAAAUGGAGUCGCCCGCCAAAUUCACCUCUCUCAAGGCUUCACCUGCUUUCUCAACAACUCGAAUCUCCACCUGUCUGCCUCCCUCAGCUUCAGCCUUCUCAGUCGCGCUCACACAGUGCAACAGGUUUCUGCAACACAGCAUCGCCACGUGCACACAACACCACAGGUGGCUAUGAGUCAGGGGGGAGCUGCCCUGAUUCCAAGAGUGCCUCAGAUGGUUUUUAUAAAGCUCGCUGUCUGUCGCCUUCCCGCUACACACGCAUCAUUUUUCCUGGAUGGUCGUCACCCACCAGCUCCCCGCCGCCUGCGCCCUCUCCCGCUCCACCAAUCAGAGACUUCACCCCAUCGCCUUCUCUCUCCAUGCGCUCAACGCCCUCCCCAAGGCCGGGGAGUGGAAUAUCAGACAGCAGUGACAGGGAGGGUAAAAAAAGAAAGACACACAAAAUUAAAUUGGGCUACAAAUCGCUCGCUGCAAUUCCCACAAACACCCUCCUAUUGGACCAGCAGGCAAUAGAUGAGCAGGUGGAGAGAGAACAGAGUCCAUGUGACAGUUUGGACAGAGGGGAAACAUCUGACAGAGGCGUUGCAGACCCCCACGCUGAGAUGUGUUCACCCGCUGAGCUGCGGCAACAGUCAGAGGAGCUUUAUGCAGUUAUUGAUGAGAUACUGGCAAAUUCCAUUCCAGCUAGCAAGUCACAGCAGCCCUCCAGGUCAUUAACUCCCAACGUUGGUCUGCAGCAGAACAACUCAUCAUUUACAAAAUCCUUGGGACGUGAGACCAAAUAUGCAUCUGUAUGCAGCUUGCACCCGUCUACUGGGGUGGAAAGAAAGCUCAUGAAUCCUCCAAAGACGAAUCCUGGGGUUAUUCGCCCAAUGACGGCUAUUCCAAGGCUGACAGUCGAAGAUGGAGAAGAAUUUUAUUCCAACCCUUUCCGGCCGUUCGUGGUCAAGCAGACCUCGCCUGACAUCAAACAGGUGGACAACAGGAAUCUUGAAGAGGCACGAAAAGAGUUUUACACAAGUUCAAAGAGGCAAACGUUUGGAGAAGAGAGGAUGCCAGAGAGAAGAGGUCCACUUUCUGAAUUUGAUCUGCAGAUAACAGAGCCUGACGACCAGAUGCAUAUUUAUGACUCAUAUUUAAAGCAUUAACACUAAAGCAUUUACUCUUUAACCAACAUUAUUUAAUUUUAUUAAUGAACUACUAAAGUCUUGCCAGUCUCGUAAGCUGUUGCAAUUGGACCUGAAUUAUGGAGUUCAGGUAAGAGAAUGCUUUCUCAUAUGUACAGCUUCUUACAUUGGUUGCAGCGAUGAUAACUGAAAGAAAACCAACCUUUCUCUAAGUCACUUAGUUAAUGUUGCAACGGCAAAUUUCCAGUUUUCACUUUCAUUUUUGGAACAAUGGGUCCUGAGUUACAGACAGAGGUAGACACCGCUUUGCGUAGUUACUGAGAUGAGUUCAGCAAACAGCUGGUGCAAAACAUCCAACAGCAAAGAGAGAAAGUUCAACUGUGCUUUGACCAAAACAAUAAUAAUUAAAAAAAGUUACUGUUACUCAUUCACCUCUAAGGAAAAUACUAUUUUAAUAUUGUAAGUAUUUGAAGAACAGCUGUAAUAUUUAAUAAAGGACAUCCACAUUG